GCACAGGAUAACACAACCAUGAUGGGUUGACUUGGGGGGGAGGCGGUUGGAGAGAGGAAGUGUGCAUUCGCCACCACUUGCUCAGCCAUGGAGACCAACAAAGUUCUUCAUUUUGUGCCUUCGGAGGCGCCUCCCACUGGGAUGUCCAAGAAUGGAUACUUCUUUCAAGAAAUGGCGGGAGGUGGAGCAGGAGGAGGGCAGCGAGGGCCGAGAGGAGGGACAGGACUCGCCAAUCGCCUGCGGAGAUGACAUCCACCUCUAUGACAACCAGAUCAGCCCUGGGCCAGAGGCUGACGACUCCGGUUGCGUGUUACUGAACACAUCAAGAAAGUAUGUGAAGCUGAUGAACUUCGAGGAAGAAGUUCGGGCACACCGGGACCUGGAUGGCUUCCUGGCGAGGGCCACCAUCCUGCUGGAUGAGACCGCCGCCUCCCUGGACGACGUCCUGAAGAGGAUGCUGCACCACGUGGGCCAGGACAGCAACGCAUCCGAGCCCAGCUGCAACUUCGAGGAGGUGAUGAGCAUGCUUUUCACAGACGCAGGAGCGCAGGAGGUCAACGACAAGUCUCAAAGUUUCGUUUUCUUUGAUGACGUCCACCUGCUGUCAGAGACGAUCCAGGGGGUGACAGCCACGGCCACCGGGAUCCAGUACCAGCAGUCCUGGCUCUGCAUCCUCUGCAACGUGAAGCAUCUCCAGAGGCGUCACGUGUGCAUCUCCCGCCUGGAGAGGCCGCAAAACUGGGGGGAGAACUGCUGCGAGGUCCGCUAUGUCAUCCUGAUACUGGCCCCGCUCAAAAUGAAAAGCACCAAGACGGCGAUGGAGCUGGGCCGGACGUUCGCCACCCUCUUCUCCGACAUCUCCUUCAGGCAGAAGCUGCUGGAGACGAAGACGCAGGAGGAGUUCAAGGAGGCGCUGGUGUUCCAGAGGCACCAGCUGACGGCGACCAACACGCAGCCCACCGCUCUGGGGAAGGAGGAGACCGACCCCCGCAGUCACAAACCCCUCAAGUGUAAAGAUUUCUUCAAAGCCGGCCGGGGGAUUUAUGAGGACUUUUGCCGGAGGCUGCCUUUCUACCCCUCUGACUUCACAGAUGGUAUCGUCGGCAGUAAUAAAACCCUGCUGAAGUACAUGACCACCGCCAUCUUCCUCUACAUCGCCAUCCUCCUGCCCGCCAUUGCGUUCGGCUCCCUCAACGACGAGAGCACACGUGGCGAGAUAGAUGUUCGGAAGACCAUCAUCGGCCAGAGCAUCGGCGGGGUCAUCUACUCGCUGUUCGCCGGCUCUCCUCUAGUCAUCCCUCUAACCACGGCUCCCCUCGCCAUCUUCAUCAGCGUGAUCCGAGGCAUCUGUGACGACUACAACCUGGACUUUCCAGCGUUCUACGCCUGCAUCGGCCUGUGGAACUGCCUCUUCCUCAUCCUGGGAGGGAUCUUCAACGUCAGCCUGCUCAUGAAGCUCUUCAAAAGGUCGACAGAGGAGGUCAUCGCCCUCUUCAUCUCCAUUGCAUUCGUGGUGGACGCAGUGAAAGGCACAGUGAAAAUCUUUCACAGGUACUACCACGCCCCGACGCUGACCAACAGUAGCAUAGAGGACUUCCCUCAGGGUAGAGACCUGCUCGGGGGAAACCGGAGCGAGGUGGCGGCCAGCAUGGCGCUGAACGCCCUCCCCGAAUCCCUCAUCCAGUGCACUCGAGAGAGGCCCGUCCUCUGCCUCCUGCUGAUGCUCGGGACAUUAUGGAUGGGCUACACACUCUACCAGUUCAAACGGAGUCCGUUCCUGCACGCCAAAGUGAGGGAGGUGCUGUCGGACUGCGCCCUGCCGAUCUCGGUGCUGCUGUUCUCCUUCAUCGGCUCCUACCUGUUCAGCGACAUUGAGCUUCCAGUCUUCAAAGUUCACGACCGGCCCGUCUUCAACGUGGCUCCGUUCGAGAGGCUGUCGGCCAUGAACGUGGUCAGCGCCAUGGGCCUCGGCUUCCUCCUGGCCCUGCUCAUCUUCAUCGACCAGAACAUCGUCGUCUCGCUGACCAACGCGCCGGAGAACAGGUUGCUGAAGGGCACGGCGUACCACUGGGACCUGAUGCUCUCCGGGCUCAUUAACAUACUGAUGUCGGUGCUGGGGUUGCCCUGGAUGCACGCCGCCUUCCCUCACUCCACCCUCCAUGUGCGCCAGCUGGCUUUCGUGGAGCAGCGCGUGGAGGGCGGGCACCUCUACGAGACUAUCGUCCAGGUGAAGGAGACCCGGCUGACGUCUCUGACUGCCAACAUCUUCAUCGGCGUGUCGGUGCUGCUGCUGCCUCUCCCGCUGCAGUGGAUCCCCAAACCCGUCCUGUACGGCCUCUUCCUCUACAUCGCCCUCACCUCCAUCGACGGAAACCAGAUGUGCGACCGCAUGGCCCUCCUCCUCAAGGAGCAGACGUCUUACCCGCCCACCCACUACAUCCGCAAAGUGCCCCAGAGAAAGAUCCACUACUUCACCUUCCUGCAGAUGAUGCAGCUGCUGGUGCUGUGUACGUUUGGCAUGUACCCGAUACCGUACAUGAAGAUGAUCUUCCCUCUGCUCAUGAUCCUGCUAAUUCCAAUCAGGAACAACGUGCUUCCUCAUAUCAUUGAGGCCAAAUACUUGGACAUAAUGGAUGCACAACACAUGUAGCUACGGACGGAGACGAGUUCUGGAUCCACGACAAAAAGACGUCUAGAAUUAAAAAAAAAAAAAAGAAAGAAAGAAGGAAAAGAGAGCAACAGAGAGAGAGAAAAAAAGCAAACGUAUUUUUCAAUGCAAAACUGUAUGGAAGCAAAAAAAAAAAAGAAGAAGAAGAAGAAGGAAGGAGAAAGUACCGACUGUUUAGAUUUUUGUAUCCGAUAAGAAACAUUCUUACAGGUGAAGCACUGGAAAUGUGGGAAGUCGCGUGUGUGUGUGAGGAGGAGAGAUGAGCGCCAUGGGAAAAUGUUUUUGGUUUUUGGUUUUUCCGAACAUGGACUGACAGCAUCUCUCCGGAGGGAGAAAAAAAAAAAAAAAAGAAGUUCUGCAGAGAAACUGGAACCGCCCAGAACUCCCUGUUUCACCUCCGUUUGACCCCUCGUUCAGUGCCAUAUACCUCCAUGUUCUCCUCUCACACCUUUUACAUUUUAAUGGUAACAUUUUAUCCUCACUUCAGUGUGUUCACCUGUGUGAUAAGCUAUGGGUAAGUGCUUUAAGUACUCACUGAUACUGUGUAAGGAAUACAAAAUGCUGCCAGUGGACAUUAGAAAGGUGUAAUGGCACAAUGUAAGUAUGAACUAUAUCUUUUUUGACACUUUGCACUCACGUUGUGUUUGUACACUGUCAUUCGGGUCAAUUUUACAUACUUACACUGUGUACUGUGUAAAUACCUUUCCGACGAGCGAAUAAGCUGAUAUGAACGCUGCAUUUAGGCCACUGCAAAGUGAAUCUUUACCUUUUUGUAUUGCUGUCAUUGUGCAGUGUUCAAACCUUGACAUUCCUGCACCUUUUAGCUGUGAUUCUCCUCUUUUUUCUACCAAGGACACUUGUGCUCGUACAUGUUUAGUUUCUGAGUCAUUCCAGCAAAUGUCAGUGUUCAUUUAAAGUAACACGGUCGCCAGAAUAAAUGUUGGAUAUCGACGUUUCUGUAAAACCACAAAAAAGUGAAAGUUUAUGUUUCUUUAGGUUUUUAUGUUGGGUUUAUGCUGUAGCUUCUUCUUCUGGGAAGGAAAACCCACUUGGUUAGAGUUAGUAAAGGAUGAUGUUUUGGUUUAAAAUGCCUGUUUUGUUCCUAGUUUUGGUCUCCACAAACACAGCUGGAAAUGUCCCGACUUCCUCCAGAGAAAACCCGAUGCAAGUCGUCACAAACUUGGCUGGAAAGGCCUCGACUUCUCAUAAAAAAGAUAGUUUCUCGGUGCCUCAGA